AUGAGUGCGCCUGGCGGGAGCUGGGAUGCACAGCUGUCGGCAGCGUACGAGCAUGCGCAGCGGGCGACCAAGGCGGAGCUUGCACGCGACUACUCGUCUGCGUUUGAGCUGUACGUGCGCUCGGGCCAGCUCUUCCUGCACCUGCUCUCCACGCACCCCAGCCGCGCACCGGAUGGCACACGCGAUCGACUCAAGCAGAUGGCCAACAAGGUGACGGCGCGCGCAGAAAGGAUCAAGACCACCCACAACGUGCGUCGCGUCGAGCGCCAUGUGCUGAGCACCGACCAGCAGGCAUCCAUCCUAGCCGCCUCGUCCAAGAUCAACGCCAGACACUUUCCCGCAUGGUCCGAACAGACUUUGUCGUGCCAGCCCGCACCGGAGCUAUCGCCGGUUCAGAUCGGGAACAAGGCGCAGUACAAACGUUCCAGUCAGAUCGUCGGUGCAGAUGCAGGAUGGGGUCGAAGGCUGCGAGGCGACGAGAUCGUGCAGGACAUUGUAACCGACUGCUCGUUCGUAGCUGCGCUCGAAGCGGCUGCGGAACACGACUUUCUCUUCGGCACCUCUCUCGCCACCUCGUCGCUCUACCCACAAGAUCCCUCCGGCCUGCCCUCACCUAGCCCAUCCGGUCGAUACCGCGUGAGGCUCCACAUCAACGGCGCGGCACGCUGCGUGGAGAUCGACGAUCAUCUUCCCUACUACCCGCCCGAGUGCGGCGAGCGUAUCAUGGGUGCAUCGUGUCGCAAAGGCCACACGGUCUGGCCAGCGCUGCUCGAAAAGGCAUACCUCACGCUCAUGGGCGGCUACGACUUCGGCGGGUCCAAUGCGAGCAUCGACGCACAUGCGCUCACCGCGUGGCUGCCCGAACAUGUCUUUCUGCGCCACGCCGGAUUCCAGCGCGAAAAGUCCUGGUCCCGCUUUCAUGCCGCCUGGACCCAGGGCAAGUGCUUCGCCACGGUGGGCACGCCGAGCAAGACCCAAGCUGGGCUCGUCCCGAGUCACAAUUAUGCGAUCCUCGGCGUGCAGGGAAGCGGAAGCCAGAGGCACGUCACACUCAUGAAUCCCUGGAGACACGCGGAGGGCAAGCAUCCCAGCAUCGCCCUCGACACCAAGGAGCGCGAUGUGGUGCAGAGCUUGCAGCGGCUCAAGGUGGCGGAUGGCGCUACGUUCACAGUCACCUGGGACGAUCUCUGCACGUAUUUCGACUCGCUCUUUCUCAAUUGGGAUCCGAGCAUGUUUGCGCACACGCUCAGCGUUCAUUCGUGCUGGAGAGCUCCCACGCCGCAGAGUGGGAUCAAGGUCGACCAGGCCGAUCCGAGGUUUCGGCUGGUGAUGUCGCCAACCGCCGCCGCUGGUGGUGAAGGGGAGGAGGUGUGGAUGCUGCUUACGCGGCACAUUACCAGCACGCGCGAUCGACCCGACGCCGAAUGUUCAGGGCAGGACGCAGAGUACAUUGCAGUGCACGUGUUUGAGGACGACACCUCGCGCGGUUCGGGGCAGUCUUCGCAGCCGCUGGGGCAAGCGCGUCAAGUUGGUGCCUACGUCGACGGUACGCACUGUCUGGUGCGCUUCAAGCCCUCGUCCUCUCGCAACGCGGAUGUGGCCGAGCGCAGUUUCACCGUGGUGGCGUCUCGGCGUACGUCGCAGGCGGUCGAGACGCGCUAUACGCUUUCGGUGUACUCGCACCACGCCGUGUCGCUCUCGCAGGUGCGCACGCAUCUGGCGUUCCGCGAAAGCCUCUCGGGCGCAUGGACGAGUCGCACAGCGGGUGGCAAUGCGACUCUACCGACGUUCAUGUCGAAUCCUCAAUACACACUCACCAUCCCCGGCGCAGACGAGGUGCAGGUCAACUUGACGCUCGAAUGUUCGGAUCGUCGCGUGCCGGUACAGUUGCUGCUGGCGUAUCCAGGACCCGCGAGCGGGGGUCGCGUAACGAGUCUCACCCAAGGCGAUGUGGUGCUCUCGAGCGGCAUGUAUCAUCACGGCCUUGCACUGUGCAAUACCUCCAAUUCAGGUCGAAACGGUCUGCGUCCAGGAACGUACACGCUCAUCGCAUCCACAUUCGAGGCAGCCACAACAGCCGACUUUAUCCUCAGCAUCGAAUCGACCCAUCCAGUGCAGCUCAAGGCGAUCCCACAAGAGGGCGCAGGAAUGUUCCACAGACGCAUCACUGCAAGCUGGACGCAAAGCAACGCCAAAGGCUCGCGCGGCAACAGGGCGUACUUUGACAAUCCAAGCUGGCGCAUUGUUGUUCCUCCCCCGGCAAUGGCCGCGCUCGUGGCGAGGAUCAAAGCCAACGCCACCGAUGCUGUCCGACCGUACGUCAACAUUGCACUGUACGACGAAAAGGAGGUGGCCAAUAGCGGCGCAUACACCGAUCUACCCUGUGGCGCCGUGCUCGACACCAUGCUCAAGCCAGGAUCCUACACGCUCCUCGCCUCGACGUACAAGCCCGACGUCCACGCUGCCUUCUCCAUCGACCUCUACACCACCGUCCGAUGCGACGUCACCCCACACUAG